AUGGGAAAGUACGGGCGGGCGACCAGCUCGAGAAAGAAAGCACAACGUGGAAUCGUAGUACAGCAAUCUUCGAUCGGGCAGACAAUUUCCGUGACUGGCUACUCUGGCGACUCGAACAUCCCCCCGCUCGUCUCAGAUGCCCCACUUGAGCGUAAACUGCAGCAGCAGAGGGUGCCGAAACAGAAGCCGGUGCCGCAGAAGCCGGUGACGCUGCCACAGCAGAAGCCGGUGCCGACACGGCGGCCGGUCCCGGCCGUGGUGAAGCCUGCCGCGCAGGUGCAGCAGCCGGCGGCGGUGCAGCAGCCUGCAGUGGUGCAGCAGCCGGCGGAGGGGCAGCAGCAGGGGACGGAGGGGCAGCAGUCUGCGACGGAGAAGUCGGAAGCGCAGAAAAUAGCCGACGAUCAGGCGGCCCUCGAAGCGUGGAUCCAGGCGGACAAGAAGGCGCUGGAUGAGCAGUAUGCUCAGGAUAGGUAUAAUCAGUACCAGCAGGAUAUGGAGGCGGAGCUGGAAAGGCAGGAUCGUUUGCACGGCAGGAUUCCGUAG